AUGUUUCUUAUCACACUUAUAAUUAGUAUCACAUUCGCGACGUUCGCUAAAAUGAAGACUGCGGAAAACCGGAAAGAGAAUGGAAUAAGUUUUGUUCAAUCUGCAUUAUUUCUACAAAUUCUUUUAGUAGCUCUCUCCACAGAUUCGAAAAAUCGAAAAGAAAUUGAAGACUGUUUAAAACUCAAAAUACCUGAAGAGGAAAAAAAUGAUAUAAUCAAACGCACAUUAUCAUUAUUCCCACGUUCUGAUAAUGCUUUAAAGUUUCACUGGUCUUAUCGUCUGGCUCUCCGUCCUGGAUUCUUGCUCAAUGAUGAAUUUCGUACUGGUGCAGCAGCAGCACUGCAUUUACAUGAACAUAGAUUUAAUGGAACAGAAACACCAGAGGAUAUUGCAAAUAUCCUAAAUAAUAUGGUGGAAAUUGACUCGGGAGGGGCCAUACACAACACAUUUACUAAAGACGAUAUCACAGAAGAAAGUAAUGCGAUAUUUUUAACAACUGUUUACAUUCGCGGUCGAUGGCGUUCCGCCCCUACCGUUCUUAACGGUACUUUGCCGUUUAUGGAUGUUGAAAACACCCCCCAACGAAACGUUCGGUGCAUCAGGAUAAAUGAUAAUAUGCGUUAUGCUGAUCUAAGCGAAUGGGACGCAGAGGCUAUUGAAAUAUUCUAUGCUACUCAAGGUCUUAGUUUAUUUAUUAUCGUACCACGAGGAAGGUCCCUGCGCCUUCUUGCCGAUCGUGUAGCAAUGACCAGCAUUCAUUUGAUUUCGGAACGGAUGCAAACAAUGCGUAUUGCAGCAACAUUGCCUUUGUACACGCUUCGCAUGACUUUACUCUUACCAGACAAGUUGCGGGCGUUGGGGAUGCCUCGACUCGCGCAAGUAAAUACUGCUGAAAGUGAUUUAACGUUGUCCCACGGUGUACAGCGACUUAUGUUCUGGGCGGAAGCUGGUCGCAACGCCUACAAAGACGAUGGUAAUACGUAUUCAAUGUUUUCGUAAAAAUAAUGAUUCGCCAUUUUACUAUUAUAAUUCUGUCUCGACUGACAAUCAGACGUUUGAGUAUCGAAUAUGUUUACGAAGAUGCUUUAAUUAGGGUUCGGGAAAAAAGGCGGAACCGGAAAAAAACCCUAAGAGAUUGUCGGUCUUUAGAAGGUACCAUAGGCCAUGGACACUGUAUGGAGAACGCAGUUGCUCUCCUUGAAAGAGGUUGAUGUAUUAUUUAUACUAUCAUAGCCCUGAAGUUGGAGUCCAUGAUUUUAAAGGUAUAGCGA